AGAUAAAUUGUAGCGAAAACUUUGUUACCUUCUGAUUAAACUUAUAAGCGAUACAGACGACAUCAUGAAAAUUAUUUCUUAUGUGUUCAUAUCGAUAUAUUGUUUAAUUAAGAAUUGGUUGGGAAUAACACCAGGAUUUAUAAAGAAAAAACCAUUUCCUGUAGGGUUACUAAUACAAACAUGUCUUUUAGCAUUAUCAAUUAUAAUUAUGAUAUUUCUUGCUAUUUUAUUUCUAAUAAUACAAACAUUCUUAUGUGGAAUGGAUUUGUGGUUAAUGUGGAAAUUGGGUAAAAAUUAUGGUGGUAGAUUAAAAGGCCAAGAUCCUAUUUUUGAGUGCACAACUGAAAAAGUAUCUGCUUCAGUUUUGUUGAUUUUGAAACGUAAUGAUGUUGAUGCGAUUAUUAACAAACGAUUAGAAGAAUUGUUUAAAAGGAUACAUAACAGUUCUUACAAAUUUUCUUGUACCGUAGAAAAAUGUUUGGGAUAUCCCUUUUACUUGAAGAAUCAAGUUAGCUCCAAAGACUGUUGCGUUUUUACUAAUAUCAAUGGCAAAAACUAUAUAACCCGAAACGAAUUACUUGAUCACGUUGACAAGAAUAACAUGAAUUAUGUUUGCAAUCAAAAAAGGUUGUGGUAUGCAGAGAUAUUUACGCAACCUGUGUUAUGGAACAAUCAAAGUGAAACGAAAAAACAUAUGGCGGUAAUGUUUGUCUUUAGACAUUGUUUAGCAGAUGCUACUUCUAUGUUAGGGUUAUUAAAGGAAUUUCUGGUACAAGAAAAAGCAAUACCUAUGACACUACACACGAAAUAUACAUCAUCCCCUAAAUUUGCAUUUGACAACGCUUAUAUUUAUCGGAACCUUUUAACUUGUGGAAAAGAUGAAUUAGCAUUUGACGUUCCCAACAAAGACCGUCACGUUGCUUUUUAUAUAGAAGAUAAAACAAAAUAUGUACCUUUAGUGAAAAAAUUAAAAAAUGAACUUGGAGUAGGUUUUACGGAAAUAUUAAUGGCGGGAUUAACUGCUAGCCUUGUAAAAGUUUUGCUGAAAAGAGAUAAAACUAUGACCAAAUAUACGACAUGUCUUCUAAUGAGAUCGAUAAAUGAAGAUUUAGUUAAAAUGAUUAAUGGAACAUACAAUUACAAAAAUCUUACUAAUGACAUAUCAGCACUUCUGAUUAAUACACCUGUUAACACGAAGAAAACGUCAACAACGCUUGAUCAGCUCAAUACUCUGGGAGUAGAAGUUCUUAAAGCUAAAUACUCUGCUGACAGUUUGGAAAUCCAUGCAAUUUCAAGCUUAUGUUAUAUUUUACCUGCUCCUGUAUUAACAUAUUUCACAAAUCUUAUGAAUAUAACAGCGUUAAUUACUAAUGUUGGAGCAGUAAAUGCAUUAGCACUAGAUGAUUAUGAAAUAGAUGCAGUAGUGGCAUUUAAUACAUUUUUCCACAGCACAAGUUUUAUAUUGCACGUAAUUACAAAUCUUGAUCGUUUUCAAUUAGCCCUAUCGGUGAAAGAUAAUAUUGUGGAUAGUAGAGAAGAGGCUCAGGAGAUUAUCGAUAACAUCUUUGAAUAUAUCGAUAAAUUAAGCGAAGAUUUGAACAUCCAUUGAAAUUGAUUAAAACGUAAUAAUGUAAAUUAUGAAUUAUUAUUACAGGUUUAUUACAGAAAGUAUUUUUGUAAGAGUUGAGUUAUCUAUCGAUAGAUUAGACAUUUUUGGACAAUAAUAAUAGUUCUGUUUGUAAAGUCACAAAACUAAAUUUGCUAUUUAAAUAAAAUUAAUUCUUUCAA